GACUAUUUCUGACCAUACCUCAAUCCAAUCCUCAUUCCUAUUCCUAAAUUUCCUUUCAUUUUUGUUGGUUGGUUGGUUCCUAGUUUCAAGUUGGUAGCAGGUGUAAGGUCAUGGACCCCGUAAAGUACAGUGCAAUAAAAUUCAGUUAUUGAAAUGUUUUGUAAUGUAAUGAAGAUGGAACAAAAUUUGAAAACAGAAAUGCAAAACCUUAAAUCUGAAAUGUUGAGUGAUAAAAAUAGAUCAAAUGCCAACAAUAUGUGUCUGACCAUCGAGCUUUGUGUUGUUUGUGGUGAUCGAGCAUCAGGAAGACACUAUGGGGCUAUUUCCUGUGAAGGCUGCAAAGGAUUUUUUAAAAGGUCGAUUCGUAAACAACUUGGAUAUCAAUGUAGAGGAAGCAAAAACUGUGAGGUCACCAAACAUCACAGGAAUCGUUGCCAAUAUUGUAGGCUACAAAAAUGCCUUGCCUGUGGAAUGAGAAGCGAUUCGGUACAGCAUGAAAGAAAACCUAUACUUGAAAAAAAAGAGUAUUCAAAUAAUUCCCAAACCAAUUUCAACUCUUCCAAUGUAAAUCCUGUGAAAGGAAUUUAUAUUAGGAAGGAUCUCAACACAGAUGCAGGAUUUAUUAAUAAUCCGUUCAACCAGUGCGAUUUGGGGCUACAAUUUUUGAGCAAAAGAAUAACUAAUAAUAGUUCCGAAACAUUUCACCUUUCGCCAUCGCAACAAAGUGUAGACGAUGAAGUGUCAAUGGAUAGUACCAAUACAGGAAAUGAACUUUUAGAUGCUUUGAAUGUAGCACGAGAUAAACAACUUAUCUCAAAAGCAUUAGACACAAUGGCAAGAGUUCAGUGUCUAAAUGGGUCGGAUAUUACAAAUAUUGCCAGUGAGGACAGCUGUUAUGAUUAUGAUGGACCCAUUUUACAAGAACAACAUAUGUCUUUUAACUUACAAAUUCCUGGUCCUGUGCCGCCAUGCCUACAUAUUCACUAUAUUUGUGAAAGCGGAUCUCGUUUAUUGGUUUUGUCCAUUCAUUGGGCCAAAAAUAUACCUGCAUUCAAGUAUUUGAGUUCCGACACCCAAGUAAAUCUUUUAAAAAAUUGUUGGGCAGAACUUUUCACUUUGGGUUUAGCCCAAUGUUCUCAAUCUCUGUCAUUGUCUACCAUAUUGUCAGCUCUAAUCAGUCACCUACAUGGUUCAAUUGCACAAGAUAAAAUGUCCGCUUCCAAAGUAAAUCAAGUAACAGAUCAUAUUGUAAAGUUGCAAAAUUUUGUAACUUCCAUGAAUAAAUUACAAGUUGAUGAGGAAGAAUACGCCUAUCUGAAAGCAAUAACAUUAUUUAGCACAGACCAAAUUGAUGGACUAUUGAAAACUCCAGUUGAAAAGUUGCAGGAGAAAAGUUUCCAAGCCCUACAGAGCUAUGUUACUAGCAAUUCUCUUGGGGAUAGAGAUAGAUUUGCUAGAUUGUUAUUAAGACUGCCACCUCUGAGAGCUUUAGAACCAACCUUAUUGGAAGAACUAUUUUUUGCUGGACUUAUAGGACAGAUCCAAGUAGACAAUAUUAUACCAUACAUUUUGAAAAUGGACCCUAAUAGUGUUAACAGCAGCCGCACCAUCAAAAGUGAGCUAGAGGAAUUUUGCAAAUGAUACAGAGUUAUUGACAAAUUUGUGAUCUACUUAAAAAAAAAAUUAGUCAGAGAAAUGUAAGUGCAGUAUGCAUAUGCCAAUAUUUUAUUUUCAAUACGAAGAGUGUAUUUUUGGAAUCUUUUGAAGGUAAUUAGGAUAAUAAUAACUGUAUUGUAAAUUUAUUUUAGGUAUUCUAGAUUUUAUUUAUUUUUUAACAUGGCAAUUUUUUCUUAAUAUUGUGCAAUGAGUUGGCAAUUUUUUUAAUUUUAAAUGUAAAUGUGUACUAAUGUGUUCCUGUUAGUAGGUACUUAUUAUAGUCAAGAGAGAAUGGCAAAUCAAUAAUUAUUCUGAGUUAAUAGGUUGAUAGCAAAAUUUGAAUCUUAAAUUAAAUGAUGUUACUUUAAUUUACUUGUAACCUCCGGGUUGACCAAAUUCGUGGCUGUACCAAUAUGGCAGUGCGUUAUUCCAGGCGUUAUUUUGUUAUUUUCGAAUUAUUUUAACAUUUUCGCCAUCACCAUUUUACACUACUGUAUUAACAAUUUUAUCAAUGGAUUUAUUUAAUUUUGCCAAAGAAGAUAUAUCAUAGUUAUGCAUUGUUUAUUUUCUAUCUAGUUUUUAGUUAUAGAAUUUUAUUUAAUUGCUUUAACAGGUCUUGAAUAAUUACUCCAUAGAUUUCAAUAAAAUCUUAAUUAUUGUUUAAGUAGUUAAAAAGAAUUCUUCUACUUUCAUAGAAUGAAAUUAAUAUUAAACCAUAUUCAAUAUGAUAAACAAUCAAGCAGCGCUUAGACUUAUGGAACAAUUCAGAAAAUCUCUUUAUUAUGGUGUGAAACCGCAAUUCUUCCUAUUUUGAAAGGCAUACAUUUGUAGAUGUUCUUUUGGAAUACAAUAAACAGGGUGUCCCAACGGAAACCAAAUCGAUCUAUACAUGAAAAAUUGUGUACAGAAUUUUGUUUAAAAUUUGACAGUAUACUAAUGCCAAUGGGGGCAUCCCGGCUAAUAUAUUUUCAAGAUGGUUGCACUUCCGGUUAUACCUACCAGAAGUAGACUGCAACAUGCUCAUUUUAAAUGAAACACCCUAUAUAUUAUUUUAUUUUUGGUUGCUAAAGAUUCUAAGAGAUUAGAUUACAUAUUUGAUUUGGGUUGGCAAGACCUGUAAUCCCAUUGGUCGGCCAGUUAUUACCCUUUUGAUGUAAGUCCUUGUCAACAAGGAAUCCAACCCAAAUCAAAUAUGUGAUGAAAUAUUUCUUAUAAGAAAAAUUCAUAAUUAUUUUAGUGCCUGCGAAUGUAAUUUUUAACAUUAAAAAUUGAAUAGGUAUGUCAAAAAUGCUUGGACUUAGGUAUAAGACAUUAUUAUUUAAAUUUUCAUAAUUUUGUUUCACUUUUAAGUGCACUAAUUGUCUCAUUAUUGGAACACAAUAAAGAAUUGAAUUGAAUUAUACACGGCAUCUAUUUCGAAUCUGGAGUAGAAACCAAAAAUGCAAUAAUGUAUAGGGUGCCUCAUUAAAAAUAAGCAAGUUGACGUCUAAUUCUGGUAUAAUCGGAAGUGCCACCAUCUUGAAAAUAUUCCAGCCGGGUUGCCCCCAUUGAUAUUGGCAUACUGUCAAGUUUUCAUAAUUUUCCUGUAUACAGUUUUUCAUAUAUAGAUCGUUUUUUUUUUGGUGGGACACCCUGUAUAUGUGACCUUGAUUCAGGAGACUUAUUACCAAAAAUUAUUAUUUGUACUUAAAAGAUUUGUAUUUAUACUUUUAAUGUUCUACUUUUUUGUUUCAUUGCUACCUUAUAAAUUGAUACUAUCAUCAUGGUUUAUGUUCUCCAACGCCGGAGAUGCGUAAGGUCAAGUGUGGCUAUGUCGUUUUUUAUUAGGGGUUAGAUAAGACAUUCGGAUUUUCUGGAAAAUUUCUCAUUUUUCUGUCAACAGCAACUGUCAGUAUUUUUUCUCGCCACCUCCACUCACACCAAGUCAACAACAGCAAAAGUUAGGCACGCAUAAACCACUUUUUUCUGUUAUAUUAUUAUGCAUUACACAUUAUGGAAUCACUAAAAUUAUGUAUUAUGCGCUAGCCAAACUGGACUAAUCCAUUUUUUUUUUUCUGAUGACAGAUACGCCUUCUUUUUCUUCAAUGAAUAAUUUUGUUUUUAAUCAAAACUCCAUUACAUACAAAUCUGUCCACAUUAAAAUCAUCAAAAAUAUUUUAUGCUCUAGCCAGUUAGACGUUACUUGACGAAAAUUCAUUAUACUUUAUUAAAACACUUGUUUUGGAACAUAAUAUGUCGCGAUAAUGAAAUAUUUUAUGAAAAUCUAAGUCUUUUUAUAUCAUAGAAUAUUGAAGUAUAGUAUAAACUUCUUAUAGGAAGCGUAACGCUUAAAUUUAAUGACUUCAGAGAGGGAGAUUUUUAGUAGGGAAGUUUACUUUUCUAUUGUGCGUUAAAAAUGUUACACUAACAUUUUUUUAUUAUAAUUUGUAUGAGGUACUUAAUAUUAUUUAUUUCAGUAGAAAAUUUUAAGAUUGGUUAUUCUAGUUGGUAUUCUUCAUAACCAAUGUUAGCAGUGUUUUUCCUCCUUGUAUUUAGAUAAACUAACUUAUUCGUAUGUUUAUUACCAUAAUAAGGAAACAGCACCUAUAAUAAUGUUUGUUUUUUUUUUUUUUUUAAUUCUUAAGUAGUUUUGUAUAAGUAUGUAUUUCAUAUAAUUUUCAAUUUUUGAGUAAUUGUCCACUUUAGAAAGCAUUUUUAAAUACCUAUUUAUUUAUUUGUUGUGAUACUAAUUAAAGAGUUCGUGCCUUCUUGUCAAAAAUUGACAAUAUGACAAAGACGGAAAACAUUCAGAUGUAGAUACUAUAGAUAUAUGUAUAAUAAACUAUUUCAUGUACAA